AGAUAAUCCGUUAGUAUAAAUAUGCCAGCAUUUAAAUGGUCUGGUAUAGUAGUUGUGUUAAUUCUCUAUAGAGGUACACAAUUUAAAGUUUCAAGAUGUUGAAGUAUUUCGCCUUAUUUGCCAUUAUUGCGGCCUUGGCCAGUGCUGAUAUGGUACGUGUACCAAUUCGCAAGCACGAGAACUUUGUCAAGACCAGCAAGGAUAUUCGUGCUGAAAAAUCUGUCUUGCGCUCCAAAUAUAAGAUUCCUGAGACCCGCGGUAUUGUCGAUGAACUGUUGUCCAAUACCUUGAACAUGGAAUACUAUGGUGAUAUCACCAUUGGUACCCCUCCUCAGAGUUUCAUUGUCUUGUUCGAUUCUGGUUCUUCCAACUUGUGGGUUCCCUCCAGCCACUGCUGGAUCUGGGAUAUUGCCUGCAAGAAGCACAACCAAUACAACCAUGAUGAAUCCAGCACUUAUGUCAAGAAUGGCGAACAAAUCUCCAUCCAAUAUGGUUCGGGCAGCAUGAGCGGUUUCUUGUCCCAAGACGAUGUGACCAUUGAAGGUUUGACCAUUAAGAAUCAAGUUUUCGCCGAAGCCAUGAAUGAACCCGGAAACAGCUUCACCGAUUCCAGCUUCGAUGGUAUUUUGGGUAUGGCCUACCAAACUUUGGCCGAGGACGAUGUUGUCCCUCCCUUCUAUAACAUGUUCUCCCAAGGAUUGGUUGAUGCCGAUAUGUUCUCUUUCUACUUGAAACGCGAUGGCUCUGCUUCUGAUGGUGGUGAAAUGAUUUUGGGUGGUAUUGACUCCAGCUAUUAUACCGGUGAUAUUACCUAUGUUCCCGUCUCCAGCCAAGGCUAUUGGCAAUUCGAAGUCACCACUGGCUCCAUCAAGGGUCAAAACAUUUGCGACAACUGCCAAGCUAUUGCCGAUACUGGCACCAGCUUGAUCGUGUGCCCUGCUGAUGCUUGCGAAACUGUCAAUGCUGAAAUCGGUGGUACCUACAACGAGGAUGAUGGCAGCUACUAUGUUGACUGCUCCGCCAUUGACACCUUGCCCGAUGUCACUUUCGAGAUUGGUGGUACCACCUUCACCUUGCCACCCAGCGCUUAUAUUGUGACUGUUGAUGGCAACUGCAUGUCUGCUUUCUCAUCCAUGGGUACCGAUUUCUGGAUUUUGGGUGAUGUAUUCAUUGGUCAAUACUACACCGUUUUCGAUUUGGGUAACAACCGUGUUGGUUUUGCCACAGCUGUUUAAAAUGCCUAAGUUGGGCCAUUAUUUACUAGCAAGUAAAUAAAGAGAUAUUACAAAUUGUAUAAAGUUUUCCUUUCAAAAUAGCUUUGAUAUACAUUUUUCUAUGUUAAUAAUAACAAAUGA